CUUUGACGGCACAGCCACUCCCUGUCCACAGGUAACUUUCACUUUGUGAGCUCGUCGUGUCGCAGCUUCUUCUUCUGUCCAUGUGAAGUGUUUCCUCUACAGAUGAAGGUAGAAAGUCUCUGGGAGCUGAUGUGGAUGUGAAUUCAGCAGCAGCUGCCAAGCAGGUUGCUGUGUCUGUGUGAAGGUGUGGGCUCUGCUAUGAAUCAGUGUGAGGACAGAGAGGAGGGAGUCCCUCCCUCUAAAAGCACUCUGUGUGGUGAACAUGACACAAGGACCAAAGCUCAGAGGAUCCAUCAGAGACCAGACUGUCCUGAACCUGAACCCAGCUGUGUGUCCAUGAAAAGUGAUCACUCUAUGGUUAAUCCUUUAAACUUCAAAGAAGACUCUGUUGAUCAAAGGAGGAAAAAACCUGAACCCAGCUGUGUGUCCAUGAAGAGUGAUCGCUCUAUGGGUCUUCCUAUAGAGUUCAAAGAUGGCCGCCACUCUGUUGAUCAAAGAGUGGACCAGGAGAGCUCAGAGGUUCCCAGUGGUCAGUCUGCCCAGCAGCAUCAAACACACCUGGACUCCAUAUUUAUGCUGCUGGAGGACAACAUUGUCACUUUUGUGAAGAACGAGCUGAAGAAGAUCCAGAAGGUUCUGAGUUCAGAUUACCCAGAAUGCUCAGAGAGUCAGAGGGAGGAUGAGGAGGUGUUGGAUGGUGAGGAUGAAGAGCAGAGGAGGAGAAGCAGAGAGGCAUUUCUAAAGAUCACAGUGCUCUUCCUGAGGAGAAUGAAGCAGGAGGAGCUGGCUGACCGUCUGCAGAGCAAACAUUUUGGUGGAGUUUGUCAGCGUGAACUUAAAUCCAAUCUGAAGAAGAAGUUCCAGUGUGUGUUUGAGGGGAUUGCUAAAGCAGGAAACCCAACCCUUCUGAACCAGAUCUACACAGAGCUCUACAUCACAGAGGGAGGGACUGCAGAGGUCAAUGAUGAACAUGAAAUCAGACAGAUUGAAACAGCAUCCAGGAAACCAGACAGGCCAGAAACAACAAUCAGACAAGAAGACAUCUUUAAAGCCUCACCUGGAAGAGAUGAACCAAUCAGAACAGUGAUGACAAAGGGAGUGGCUGGCAUUGGGAAAACAGUCUUAACACAGAAGUUCACUCUGGACUGGGCUGAAGACAAAGCCAACCAGGACAUACAGUUCACAUUUCCAUUCACUUUCAGAGAGCUGAAUGUGCUGAAAGAGAAAAAGUACAGCUUGGUGGAACUUGUUCAUCACUUCUUUACUGAAACCAAAGAAGCAGGAAUCUGCAGGUUUGAAGAGUUCCAGGUUGUGUUCAUCUUUGACGGUCUGGAUGAGUGUCGACUUCCUCUGGACUUCCACAACACUGAGAUCCUGACUGAUGUUACAGAGUCCACCUCAGUGGAUGUGCUGCUGACAAACCUCAUCAGGGGGAAACUGCUUCCCUCUGCUCACCUCUGGAUAACCUCACGACCUGCAGCAGCCAAUCAGAUCCCUCCUGAGUGUGUUGACACGGUGACAGAGGUCAGAGGGUUCACUGACCCACAGAAGGAGGACUACUUCAAGAAGAGGUUCAGAGAUCAGGAGCAGGCCAGCAGAAUCAUCUCCCACAUCAAAACAUCACGAAGCGUCCACAUCAUGUGCCACAUCCCAGUCUUCUGCUGGAUCACUGCUACAGUUCUGGAGGAUGUGUUGAAGACCAGAGAGGGAGGAGAGCUGCCCAAGACCCUGACUGAGAUGUACAUCCACUUCUUGGUGGUUCAGUCCAAAGUGAAGAAGAUCAAGUAUGAUGGAGGAGCUGAGACUGAUCCACACUGGAGUCCAGAGAGCAGGAAGAUGAUUGAGUCUCUGGGAAAACUGGCUUUUGAGCAGCUGCAGAAAGGCAACCUGAUCUUCUAUGAAUCAGACCUGACAGAGUGUGGCAUCGAUAUCAGAGCAGCCUCAGUGUACUCAGGAGUGUUCACACAGAUCUUUAAAGAGGAGAGUGGAUUGUACCAGGACAAGGUCUUCUGCUUCGUCCAUCUGAGUGUUCAGGAGUUUCUGGCUGCUCUUCAUGUCCAUCUGACAUUCAUCAGCUCUGGAGUCAAUCUGCUGGCAGAAGAACAAACAACAUCCUGGUGGUCUAAAUUAAUUAAAGACAAAGGGAAUCUAAAAUAUCUCCACCAGAGUGCUGUGGACAAGGCCUUAGAGAAUCAACAAGGACACCUGGACUUAUUUCUCCGCUUCCUCCUGGGUCUUUCACUGCCGACCAAUCAGAAUCUCCUACGAGGUCUGCUGACACAGACAGGAAGUAGCUCAGACACCAAUCAGGAAACAGUCCAGUACAUCAAGAAGAAGAUCAGUGAGAAUAUCUCUGCAGAGAGAAGCAUCAAUCUGUUCCACUGUCUGAAUGAACUGAAUGAUCGUUCUCUAGUGGAGGAGAUACAACAGUCCCUGAGUUCAGGAAGUCUCUCCACAGAUAAACUGUCUCCUGCUCAGUGGUCAGCUCUGGUCUUCAUCUUACUGUCAUCAGAAAAAGAUCUGGACGUGUUUGACCUGAAGAAAUACUCUGCUUCAGAGGAGGCUCUUCUGAGGCUGCUGCCAGUGGUCAAAGCCUCCAACAAAGCUCUACUGAGUGACUGUAACCUCUCAGAGAGAAGCUGUGAAGCUCUGUCCUCAGUUCUCAGCUCCCAGUCCUCUAGUCUGAGAGAGCUGGACCUGAGUAACAACAACCUGCAGGAUUCAGGACUGAAGCUUCUUUCUGUUGGACUGAAGAGUCCACACUGUAAACUGGAAACUCUCAGGCUGUCAGGCUGUCUGAUCACAGAGGAAGGUUGUGCUUCUCUGGUCUCAGCUCUGAGCUCCAACCCCUCCCAUCUGAGAGAGCUGGACCUGAGCUACAAUCAUCCAGGAGACUCAGCAACAAAGCUGUCUGCUGGACUGGAGGAUCCACACUGGAGACUGGACACUCUCAGGGUGGAGCCUGCUGGAGUCCGAUGGUUGAGACCAGGUCUGAGGAAGUAUUCCUGUGAACUCACAGUCGACACAAACACAGUGAACAGAAAGAUCAAACUGUCUGACAACAACAGGAAGAUGAUUCAUGUGGAGGAGGAUCAGUCAUAUCCUGAUCAUCCAGACAGAUUUAACUUCUGUCCUCAGCUGCUGUGUAGAAAUGGUCUGACUGGUCGCUGUUACUGGGAGGUCGAGUGGAGAGGAGGAGUUUAUAUAUCAGUGAGUUACAGAGGAAUCAGCAGGAGAGGAAACAGUAGAGACUGUGUGUUUGGAUGGAAUGAUCAGUCCUGGAGUCUGUGCUGCUCUGGUGGUGAAUACUGUUUCUGGCACAAUAACAGAAAAACACCAAUCUCCUCCUCCUCCUCCUCCUCCUCCUCCUCCUCCUCCUCCUCCUCCUCCUCCUCCUCCUCCUCCUCCUCCCGUAGAGUAGCAGUGUAUGUGGACUGUCCUGCUGGCACUCUGUCCUUCUACACAGUCUCCUCUGACACACUGAUCCACCUCCACACCUUCAACACCACAUGCACUGAACCUCUUCAUCCUGGGUUCGGGUUGUUCUGGUCCCGGUCUGGUUCCUCAGUGUCUCUGUGUCCUCUGUAGGAGGGAGAGAGAAACUUUCUCACUGCUGACCAGAUAGUUCAGUCUGUACAGGAUCACACACAGCUGAUGUUAGUUAGUACCAACCUGAUGUGUUUACUGUAAUAGAGGAGGAAGAGGAGGCUGAAGGAAGAGAAGAGCAAAGGAUGCUGGGAUGAAGGGAUCAUGUGUGAGGGUAAUGUGCAGCCUGCAGACGUAGAGAUGAAAGAAAUGAUAGAAAGAAUUGAUCUUCUUCUAUAACUCUGAGAAAAAUGAACAUUUUUAGGAUCAAAUGUGGCUGCUUGUUUUUCAAAUCUUCUUUUUGAAAGCACAGUUAGAGGGAAAGUGUUUUUAUGACUCAAAUAUUAAAGUGUGAACAAAUAUUCAACUUUGAGUCUAAAACUGAACUUUGUUGCCUUAAAACUUUUGUUUCUGUGAAGAAAAAAUGUGUUCAAAUGUCAAACAAGAGUCUUUCAGGAUCAAAUUCAGCAUCUGUGUAAAAAUAGUUCCAAGGUGUAAAGAGUGGCUUUGAUUUGAACUAAAUUCAUCAUCUUUGGUCAUCGUGGAACAAAUGUACAAACUUUGAUAAGUCCGGUUGAAAUCAAAAGAAAUCAAAGUUUUGGGAUGAUUCUAGAUAAUAAAUGAUGCUGGAAACCACAUCUAAAUGAUGUCAAAGCAAAACUGUCCAAAUGGAUCCAACACUGUAUAAAAUGAAGGAUUAGUUAAAUCCAGCUUCAUUCUCCACUUUGUAUUGUUCACUCAUACUUCCAUACAUCACUGACUGUGUGCUCGUUUGGGGAAACUCAUAUAAAACAAACACUAAUCAGAUUUUUACAUUUGAACAGAGAGACAUAAGAAGAGUAAACCAAACUACUGAUCAAGAACCAACUCAGCUGUUUGUUCAAUGAACAGCACAGAUCAGGUAUAAAGUCAGAAACUAAUGACGAGCUGAAAGAGUCCAAAAGUUGUUUGAAAUGACAGAAAGUUGAAAUGAUUUGAGAGGAAUCUGCAGCUUUAAGGACUGAUGUCAGAAAUCCCUUGUGUUAAAGAGGUGAACUUGUGGAGCAGCUGUAGUGAGGAAAUCAAUCAUUCCAUAAAGAAUCAUUCAACAAAUAUAAAAGUGAUCAAACUGACAUGUUGGCAUUAAUUCAAUUCAACUCUAUUCUAUUCUAUUUGUAUAGCGCCAAUUCAUAAUGGCAAAUCCCUCAUUUAAUUUUUUGUUCGUCUGGAUAAGAUCUACGCAUGUGGACUGUUUUAAGCGGCUGCUCUAUAGGCAAGCCUUUUAUAGAUCUCCUUGUUUGUUUCUCAUCUGUCGUCUCUCAUUUAAUUCAUCCUUCCCCCUUGUUUUAUCUUCCUUAUGUUUGUAUUUACAUGAUCCCUAUGUUUGUGUGAUGGGGUAUGGUUAUAUCCAUAUUUGUUGUUUGUAAAGCACUUUGGAUCUCUGUGUCAAAAAGGUGCUAUAUAAAUAAAGCUUUACCUUUUUACUUAUCUCAAAAGAA